CCCCCCUUCCCCGUAGCUGCGGACGGAAGUGACGCAAGGCUUUCCCGCUUGGCUCCUUCGCUCAGUCGCCCAGAUCGCGGAUCUCCGUGGCUGGCAGGCGCAGCGGAAGAUGGCGGACGGAGUGGAUCACAUAGACAUUUAUGCGGACGUAGGAGAGGAAUUUAACCAGGAAGCAGAAUAUGGUGCACACGAGCAGAUUGAGCUAUAUGAGGAUGUCAUGUCCCCUGCAAAUAAUGGAGAUGCUCCUGAAGACCGGGACUACAUGGACAAUCUUGCAGCAUCUGUUUCAGAUGAUGUAGUGAAAGGAUCGGCUACAAAUGUUAUAUUUACUUAUCCUGGAAAGAGAAUUGCUCUGUAUAUAGGAAAUCUAACAUGGUGGACAACAGAUGAAGAUUUAACGGACGCUGUUCAUUCUCUGGGUGUUAAUGAUAUUUCGGAAAUAAAAUUCUAUGAAAAUAGAGCCAAUGGCCAGUCAAAAGGGUUUGCAUUAAUUUGUGUUGGCUCAGAAUCGUCAUCCAAGAAGCUCAUGGAUAUGUUGCCUAAGAGAGAGCUACAUGGGCAGAGCCCUGCAGUAACACCCUGCAAUAAACAAUUCCUUAGUCUGUUUGAAAUGCAGUCAAGAAAAACAGCUACACAGGCUGGCCAAAUGUCUGGUGAAGGAAAGGCUGGUCCGCCUGGUAUCAAUGCUCGCUUACCGUUUCCGCCAGGGGGAAGGGGCAGGGGCCGGUUCCCAACUGCAGGUCCUGGUGGUGACAGAUUCCCUGGGCCUGCUGGACCCGGAGGGCCACCUCCCCCUUUUGCGGGUAUGACACCUCCAAGACCACCUAUGUGUCCACCUGGUCCCCCAGGACCACCUGGUCCCCCCCCACCAGGACAACCACUUCCUCCUCCAUUAGCUGGACCUCCAAAUCGUGGUGAACGUCCUCCUCCACCAGUUUUGUUUCCUGGACAGCCAUAUGGGCAGCCUCCCUUAGUUCCUCUUCCACCAGGCCCGCCUCCUCCUGUCUAUGGCCCUCCACCUGGUCCACCACCACCUCAACAAGGACCACCUCCACCACCUGGUCCAUUCCCUCCCCGACCACCGGGUCCCCCAAUGGCACUAGGACCACCUCCUCAUUUACCAGGACCACCACCAGGAGGACCUCCCCCAGCUCCACAUGUGAAUCCCAAUUUCUUUCCACCACCUGGUAAUGCUGGCAUGCCAACUUCAGAUAGCCGUGGUCCACCACCAUCUGAUCCAUAUGGCCGGCCACCUCCAUAUGAUAGAGGAGAUUAUGGGCCCCCAGGAAGAGUAUCUGUGUUUUGCAGGGACAUGGAUGCUGUCAGAACACCUUUAAGUGAACCAGAAUUUGAGGAAAUUAUGAACCGCAACAGGGCAAUAUCAAGCAGUGCUAUUUCAAGAGCGGUUUCUGAUGCUAGUGCUGGUGAUUACGGAAGUGCGAUUGAAACUUUGGUAACGGCGAUUUCGUUAAUUAAACAAUCCAAAGUAUCGGCUGAUGAUCGUUGUAAAGUACUCAUAAGUUCUCUACAGGAUUGUCUUCAUGGAAUUGAAUCAAAGUCUUAUGGUUCAGGGUCUAGAAGACGUGAGCGUUCAAGAGAAAGGGACCACAGUAGGUCACGAGAAAAAAGCAGGCGACACAAAUCUCGCAGCAGAGAUCGCCAUGAGGACUAUUACCGAGAAAGAAGCCGUGAACGUGAGAGGCACCGUGAUCGGGAUCGUGACCGAGAAAGAGACCGAGAGAGAGAAUAUCGUCAUCGCUAAACAGCUGACAGAAGAGGAACAUCUUGAAAGAUCACAAGUAGUCAUCGCAGAAGAUGCUUGCCCAUCAGUUUGCUUCAUGUGAUUCAGCUUCUCACAGCUUAUGGAUAAAAAUGAACAGAUCUAGAUGUGAAUAAAGCAAAUCUGCAAACCUGGUAACCAGUAGAUCUACUUUUAUUUUUGAUGCUGAAUGUUUUAUUUGAAUGAAACCUGUGUGACGUAAACAUUAAUAGGUCUUGCAACUUUGGUUAUACAUUACAUUGACAAUUUAUAAUGUGUAAGUAAUUGGGAAGCCCAGUUCUUUCUUGUUUUUAUAGUUGUUUGUUCCUGUUUAAAUAUUCAUGUUCUGAUAAUGCCUGUAAAUGACACCACCUUGAUUACAAUAGAUGUAGUGUUGUAAUAAACUGUUUAAUGGGGCUGAUGUGUAAAGCUGUUCAAUUUAUUUGCUGUUUACACCUCAGGGAAAGGCUUGCUUUUAGCAAUAUUUUAUUUUAUAAAGAGUAAGAUUUUAUACCACAUGA